AAACCCAGAGCAGACACUUGCAAAACAAAUCCUCGCAUCAUGGCUCUGCGACGAGCGCUGCAUUUUGUUUUCAAAGUUGGUGACAGGACCAAAACCGCUGCGUUUUACCGAGAUGUUCUCGGCAUGAAGGUUUUACGCCAUGAGGAAUUUGAGGAAGGCUGCAGAGCGACGUGUAACGGACCCUAUGAUGGAAAAUGGAGCAAAACAAUGGUGGGCUUUGGUCCCGAGGAUGACCAUUUUGUUGCUGAGCUGACGUAUAAUUACGGGAUAGGAGAGUAUCAGCUUGGAAAUGACUUCUUGGGAGUGACGCUUCAGUCAAGCCAAGCUGUCAGCAACGCCAGGCGCCUGGGGUGGCCUCUCACACAGGUGGAGGAGGCUUUGUAUCGGACUGAGGCUCCAGGCGGCUAUCACUUCUACCUGCUGGACAAAGAGCAGCCUUCACAUGAUCCAGUUCAGAAGGUUUGUCUGGGGGUGUCAGACCUCCAAAAAUCCACCCACUACUGGGCCACACUGCUCGGGAUGAAGGUGAUAGAAAGAAAUGACAGCAAGAAAACGGUGCUGAUGGGAUUUGGAGACACACAAUGUAAACUAGAGCUUAAGGAAGUAGGCGGCGCUAUUGAUCAUGGAACCGCUUUCGGGAGAAUCGCAUUCGCGUGUCCUCGUGAGCAGCUGCCGGAUCUUGAAGCCUUGAUGAAAAAGGAAAAGCAGAAAAUCCUCACUCCGUUAGUGAGCUUGGACACUCCAGGAAAAGCCACAGUUGAAGUGGUCAUCUUGGGAGACCCAGAUGGGCACGAGAUUUGCUUCGUCGGAGAUGAGGCGUUUCGACAGCUGUCCAUGGUUGACCCCAAAGGAAAUGAGCUGCUUGAUAAGGCAAUCGCCGAGGAUAAAAGUAAUGAAUGGUUUGCCAAACACAACAAACAGAAAGCUGCUGCUUGAAAUGAUGGCUACUGUUCUGCCAUGUUGUGCUCUACUGCAGUAAAAUAGAUCAAUCACGUGACACAUGAGGCGUUGCACUUCACAAAAAGUCAGUUUACAUUCCACCAGUUGAAAAUAGUGUAGCUGAGUCAUUUGAGUUUUAAGCUUGAUAGAGUGGACUCAACAAUCCUUCAACAUUCUGGACCUUCUCUUAUCAAAUUGAAUAAAGCUUACACAUUAUGUCAUAAGCACAUGUUUAAAUAUUGGAUGCAUAUGUUGGCUUUUUAUGAUCAACUUCAAAUAAACAAGCGUUCUGAUCAUUCGUCCAAGCUCCCUGAAUCU